AUGCGCGGCGUGAUCCUCAACGAAGUGGUGGACGCCUCGCCCGGCGUGACCUGGGAGGAGAUCGCCGGGCUAAGUUACGCGAAGCAGUCGGUGGACUCGGUGCUCGGCCAGCGGCGCGAGGGCGAGCACGACUCGACCAUCCGAGUCAAGAAUGAGAUUCUGGUCCAGAUGGACGGCGUCGCGGGCGCCGACGCCAACGAGAGCCUCCUCUUCGUCGGCGCAACCAACCGGCCGCAGCAGCGGCUGCUCAUCCCGCUGCCAGACGCGGCCGGGCGACGCGAGAUGCUCACGCGCGGCCUCGCGGACCUGGUGCACGCGAUCGGCGAGGCCGACAUCGGCUCGCUCCUCGAGGCGACCGACGGCUACUCGGGCUCCGACAUGGCGGCGCUGUGCCGUGAAGCAGCGAUGGGGCCAUGCCGCGAUCCGGGCUUCGAGGCGGCGCUGCUCAGCGGGGUGCACUCGAGCGAGAUGCGCCCGAUCCGCCUCUCGGACUUCGAGGACGCUCUCGGCGCGAUCCGCGCGAGCGUCGGGCCGGGCGAGCUGGCCGCCUUCGAGGAGUGGAACCGGAACUUCGGCUCCUUCCAAAGCCAGGCGGCCAAGCGGCAGGCGAUGGGGGGCGUCUCGGGCGGCGGCGGCAGCACUUGA